ACAGAUUACGAGAAGCACUUGAAGGCAGCAUUCCUCUCCAGGUGUAACUCAUCUUCUACCUCCAACAAUAGAACUGACGACCCUAACCAGUCAUAGACAAGAUAUGUGGGCACAUGAUGGGCCGGGCCGAAUCAAGUGUGCUUUUUGGUUGGGGUAGGAUGAUUGAACUUGUCUAUGUCUCGAUGUGAAAGGAUCAUAUCUGAAUUUGUUGCUAAUCCCAUCUCUUCCACAGGAUUAUACAGGAGGUAAGAUCUGAGCAUGACCUCUGGGUGCAUGGCAGCAAAAAGGCAGGUAAUUGGAAUCCGAGAUGUCUCAAGAAGAAGUAGUAGUCAAGGAGAAUGAGGAAGAGGAAGAAACCCAGCAAGAGGAAGAUAUGGAUGUCAAAGUUGAGGUUGAAGUGGAAAAACCUGCACCUGAAGUAGAAGAACCUCCAAUGACAGAAGAGCCUGCAGAAGAAGAUGACUCCAAACCCAAACCAAAGGCAUUUGUUCCAGCUAUAGCUGUGCCGAAGAUACCCGAUGGGGAAAAAGUUGACUUUGAUGACAUCCACAGGAAGCGUCAGGAGAAGGAUCUGACCGAGCUGACAUCUCUGAUCGAGGCCCACUUCAUUCAGAGGAAGAAGGACGAGGAGGAGCUCAUUGCUCUCGUUAACAGGAUCGAGAAGCGUCGCACUGAGAGGGCUGAACAGCUGAGGAUCCGUUCUGAGCAAGAGAAGGAGAGGCAGGCUCGUGUUGUUGAAGAAAAGGAGAGGAAGGAGCUGGAGGAGGCACGUAAGAAGCAGGAUGAUGACGCCAAGAAGAAGAAGGCUCUGACAAACAUCACUCAGCAGUAUGGUGGUGUCCAACAGAGGCAAGAAGGAAAGAAGGGAGCGAAGAAGCAGACGGAGAGAGAGAAGAAAAAGAAGAUCCUGGCUGACAGAAGGAAGCCUCUCAACAUCGACCAUCUCACUGAGGACAAAGUGAAGGAGAAGUCCAAUGAGUUGUGGCAGUGGCUGAUGACGCUGGAGGCUGAGAAGUUUGACCUCACUGAGAAACUGAAGAGACAGAAAUAUGACUGUGUUGAAGGGCCUAAAACUGAUACUUGGACAUUGCAGCAGGAACAAAGCUGGGCGAUUACAACACAAACAGAAGACAAAUCAGCUCCUGGCUCGUAUUCAGAACCAGGAAAGCGCCAAAGGAAGAGGCAAGGCCAAGGGCAGGGUGAGAUAAAUGUAAACAUCAGCAAGCGGUCCCCAAGGAAGCAUCUGAAAAUGAGCAGCAGUAUUUGCUUCCAUGACAUUGUGUGCUUAAACAAUAAAAAAAAUGCUUUUAAGCUCAGCAGUGCCUGUUUGCGUGGUUCAAGUUUAAAACUAGUGGAUAUGUUUCUCUUAAUUUGUACCAAUCCCCUCAGUUUAAAAGCAAAUAAAUCCAGGUCAUUCAACUGGCAAAAUACCUCCAUUUAUUCUUCUGGGAACCAUACACAAAGAACCACAGUGCACCAUCAAUUUCACAUGUAGGCAGCGAUAUGUUUAUAAUAGUACAACUUACUGCAGUAAUCUGAAACAUUCACACAAUUACACAAGUAUUCUGAUAGCAAUAUAGUGUCAGGAUGAAGGAAUUUCUAUACAGUACAGUGUGGUGACAACAGUGCAAAAAAAAAUAAAGUUGAUGGAGUAUGUACACAGGCAAGAGGACUAACAUUUGCUGCAACUAGUGUAUGUGAAUUCUAAUCCCUGCUGUGUUGUUACACUAUGACUUCUAUGGUUCCAGACACAUCACAGAUACUCCUAACUAGAGUCCAAACAUGUAUGUAAUGAUUUGUGGAGCUGCCAAAAUAAAUUCAAAACUUCCAUACUGGAUAACAACAGUGUUAGAAAUGAAAAGUACGUUGCCUUUGGCUGCACAAAAUCUUAUUUUUAACAUUAGCU